UUCGAGCUACGUCUCCAAACUUCACCGUUUCAAUUUCGAUAACACAAACCUGCAAGAUGGUCACCGGUUCUCGGUCGGGCAGUAACGAAACGUGACAGCCUACCAAAAUGACAAUAGUCGUAAGUUUUGUUGGCAGUUUAGGUGGGGCGUGACGCAAUCCACCGCUGAUUCGAGAACGUCAGUGGAAGCUGCGCUCAGCUCGCGAGUCUGGUUCCUUGUUUAGACACGAGCGCAUCUGACACCUGUGCGCUCCAUCGCAUCCCGUCCACGUUUGAUUUUCUUUUUAAUACUGUUACAGUGUAUAUUCUCUACGUGUCUGCACGAGCAGUCGAUGUUAGUGAUGAUAGUGAUGAUGAGCAACGCAAAGAGAUCGAUGAUUGUUAAAAGGGCCCUUUGAUUAGCCCUUAAGGAGGCAGAUUAAAGUCCACCAUGAUGUGCAGUCGUUCUGGAUGCUAAAUGAAGAAAAAUAUCAGAAUAGUUCAUCAGAUUCCUGACCACAUUCAAGGAGCAUUAACAUGGGAUGUGGCACAUCCAUUGCCGUUGAGAACCAAACACGACCCUCAGAGACGGAUCGCUCUGUCAAGAAACACAGCCCGGCUCUGACUAUAAAAGCUGCUAUACUUAUCCAACGCUGGUACAGACGGUAUGUUGCUCAUCUGGAGAUGAGAAGACGCUACACAUGGAACAUCUUCCAGUCCAUUGAGUAUGCAGGUGAACAGGACCAGCUACAGCUGUCCAGUUUCUUCAGUUUCUUGUUGGACAACUUCACACAGAUGAAUGGAAACGGACCAGACUUGAUCUCUCACCUUUUGGACUCUGUGGUCGACCCUUUAACUGAGGAGGUCAGGCAACUAAAGUACGAGCAGAUCGUCGUGUCGGAGUCGUACAGAGGCCCUCGUAUCUCCUUCCCGCUGAGCGUGACCGAUACCAAUGCCCUGCUUAGUGCCUUCAAAGAGGAGCAGACUCUCCAUGGAAAAUAUGUGCUGCAGUUGCUAUAUGAAACGAAGAAGUUCUUAAAACAGAUGCCGAAUGUCAUAUACCUGUCGACGUCCUAUGCAAAAGAAAUUACUAUCUGUGGCGAUCUUCAUGGUAGACUGGAUGACUUACUGCUUAUAUUUUACAAGAAUGGUCUGCCGUCUGCGGAGAAUCCCUACAUAUUCAAUGGAGAUUUUGUGGAUCGAGGAAAGAAAUCUAUAGAGAUAAUCAUCAUCCUGUUUGCCUUCCUGCUGCUCUACCCAGACCACAUGCAUCUGAACAGAGGAAACCAUGAGGACCACAUCAUGAACCUCAGAUAUGGAUUUACAAGAGAAGUCAUGCAGAAGUACAAGACACAUGGCAGGGAAAUCCUACAGCUUCUACAGGAUGUAUUCAGCUUACUUCCUCUGGCAACUGUCAUCGAUAGCAAAGUCCUCAUAGUUCACGGUGGCAUAUCAGAUAAGACUGAUCUGGACUUUCUGAGCACUGUUGAAAGACAUAAAGUGAAAUCUGCUCUUAGGCUGCCCAAACGUAGCAUGGAUCAUCUCAACGUUCGCUCCUGCAGUCGCAGUAGCAGCAGACAAAGCAGCAGGUCCAGGCUGGGCAGCCCCUCAUCCAAUGGCCGAAGCAGUCGCACCUCCCGCAAGACGAAGAAGCAUUUCACCAAACAGGGAAGCUGCUCCUCAUCUUCAUCAUCGUCUUCUUCCUCUUCAUCAUCAAUAAAUAUUCCUCGCAGACUUCCACCAUCUCCCAGUCUACUGAGUCCAUCAGAUGUGCUUCAGGUGCCUUUCCUGGACUCAUUUGUGUCUCUUGAACCACCAGAGCCACCCAGAGAGGAGCUGGAAUGGAAACAAAUUGUGGACAUCCUCUGGAGUGACCCUAAAAAUCAAAAUGGCUGUUUUCCAAACUCCUUCCGUGGCGGAGGCUGUUACUUCGGACCAGACGUGACUCAAACCCUUCUGCAGAAACACGGCCUCUGUCUGCUCAUCAGAUCACAUGAGUGUAAACAAGAGGGCUAUGAGCUCUGCCACAAUGGACAGGUUAUCACAAUUUUUUCUGCAUCUAACUACUACGAAGAAGGCAGUAACCGUGGGGCGUACAUUAAACUGGGCCCUGAACUGGUCCCUCGUUUCUUCCAGUAUCAAGUGAGCCGCAGCACCAGAAAACUCACCCUACAUCAGAGGGUUUGUGCAGCUGAGGGAUCAGCACUUAGAGCUCUGAAAGAGAAGCUCUACGCUCACCGCUCAGAGCUAAUGGCUGCUUUUCAACAGUAUGACAUAGACAACACAGGCCGCAUCUCUGUUAGUGAAUGGGCCCUGGUGGUUGAGUCCAUUCUGCGGAUGGAUCUGCCGUGGAGAACCCUACGCCCCCGUCUGGCCCGUCUUGGGCCGGAUGGUGAUGUGGAGUAUGAAUCCUGCUUUGAGGACAUCAGCCCUGGAGAACCCAUCCCUCCGGUGACUCCAAAUUUGGCUGAAACUCUUUAUAGGUAUAGAACUGAUCUGGAGAUCAUAUUCAACAUCAUCGAUAAGGACCAUUCAGGUAAGAUCUCCAUCGAGGAGUUCCGUCAAACCUGGAAGCUCUUCAGUUCUCAUUUGGGAGUGGCUGUGAAUGACAAGACGAUAGACGACAUGGCUAGAAGCAUCGACUUCAACAAAGACGGCAGUAUUGACUUUAAUGAGUUCCUGGAGGCUUUCAGGGUUGUGCAUAAACUGGAUGUCAAAGAUCAACAGCAGGGUUAAUUCUGGACGAGCAGCCUACAAGACAGAUUUACAAAUCAUCAUCGUUAUUUUUUUAUGAUAAAGUCUUAUGGGCACGAUAAGCAGUUACUCAUUGCAUGAUUUUCCAGGAUUUCCAUUUUUCGUAAAGACUCUCUCUAGUGUCAGUAUGCCUGAUCUUUAUCAUACUCUGGGUUUCGACAGCUUCUUUUAUACACUUAUACUUGCUCGAUAAUGCGGAGUGGUUUGCUGCGGUUUGUGUUUUUGAUCCAGCUCUGGACAGUAACUCCAGGCUUCGCCGAUAAAGGCUGCAGUGGUUUUGGGAACUUGGAAAAUGGACAGAUGUUUUUCCGGUAUGGAGGACUGUAUGUUACCUUCACCUGUAAUCCUGGGUUCCGGAUACAUGGUUAUCGUACUAGCAGCUGUGUGUCUGUACAAUGGGCCAGAAACCCACCGCUGUGUGUGGCAUCGGGUUGUCCCAGCCCUGGUACUCUUCUGCAUGGCAGUACUGUGGUCUCUCAAGAUGGAUCUCUGUCCUUUUUUCGCUGUGAUUCUGGAUUCAGUUUGUUCGGAUCCGCAUUGCUCUACUGCAAAGGAAAAAUCUGGAAUGGCACUAAACCUGUCUGCCAUGCGGCUGAUAUCAUGAGGGUUCAUCUGACACAGGAGGCAUUUGGCUUGGAUGUCAACUUGCAGAGCCAUUUUAACACACUCGAGGUCAGAGCUCCCAAAGCUUUUCAUAAAUCAGCAGUGCAUGGGUUCCCUCACAUCAAACCUGACUUUCAAGGACACAAACAGGAAAAUAAUAAGACACUGGAGAUCAAGCCAUUGAAGAAACUGUGGGCCGACAAAACGCAACGUAAGGGAGCGGCGGCUGACGUUCUUCAGGAACCAAUCAACAAUUUGGAGAAUGUUUAAGGAUCCAUUUAGGAACACAGAUCUUCAGGAACCGCUGCUAGUGGACUCUUCCAAUGUCACCACAAUCUCAUCCUCUCAUCCUAGCGCUUCUUUUCAAGUGUCUAGCUUUACUACUCCACUGACAGAUACUCAACAAGUCAGAGGGUCUACUGCAAAGAUCAUAGAUCACACAUCAUACAAAGGAAACAAGAAAGAUCUUCAGUCUAUUUCUGUUACAGACAAACCAUCUCAAAGUCCUCAAGUCACUACAGCUUCAAUGUAUUUUGCAUUUGAUUCUCAUCAGACAUCAAACAUCAUCCCACCGGACCCAAAUGUCACCCCUACAGAUAAAAUCCAAUCAGUGUCUUUUCUAUCAAAAGCUUCAUUUGAAGCAACCACUAUAAGUUCUCCAGCUUCUCCAACGACAAGCUCUUUUGGAUUUAUGGUACACUUCCUAGAGUCUACUACUCGCAGUACUGUUUCAUCUAACUGCAGUGAUAUCUGUGUGACAUCUUCACCAUCAAGGACCACUGAACUAACAUCACCCCGCACAGAGGUGUUGACAGUAGACACCAAGCUUACAUCUGCCGUACCCCAGAGAAAAGGUACAAAUUACACAAAUAAGGUCACAAAUGUUUUUUCUAGACAUGUUCUCUUAAGGCAGAUUCUAAGAAACACUACUUUAUCGACGAGAAUUGAUUAUCAACAAGAAAGUGAAAGAAGCGAUGGGAGUGAGCAUACACAUACACUCGAUUCUCCAGCAUGGAAAGAUCUUGGGAUUACAAGAUUGCCAACAAGGGAACAUCGUCCAUUGUGCCCUUACCCUCCUCUGGUCUCUCAUGGAACGAUUUACUUCCGGUCAAUAAAGAAUCCAGGCCCACGUCAAUAUAAGCAUUAUAUCCAGUAUGCCUGUUACCCUGGAUACACAUUGACCAGUGGGGACGUCUACAAUUACUGUCACCACAGUGGACAAUGGAGCGGCCGAACGCCUCUCUGUUUAGCAUUAACUCCUUGUUCCCUAAACAAUGGAGUUUGUUCUCAGAUCUGCCAUGACAUUGGUCAGAAUAGAGCUCAAUGCCUCUGUAAACCAGGAUUUCUGCUCUUGGAAGACCAGCACACCUGUAGAGAUUUCGACGAGUGUGUGGAGCAGUUACACCUGUGCCAGCAGGCCUGUGAAAACACCUUGGGCUCCUAUAGGUGCAGUUGUAAUCCAGGUUUCCAGCUCUCACCAGACAGAACAUCCUGUUUUAACAUUAAUAAAUGUGAGGAGAUGCAGUUGAACAGGUGUGAAUGGAAGUGUGUAAAUCUGCCGGGCACACACAGGUGUAUCUGUCCUCGAGGAUAUAAACUGCACCCUAAUGGCUACCAAUGUGAAGAUAUUAAUGAAGGUCAAUGGAAGAACGGCGGCUGUUCGCACCUCUGCAUCAACCACAGAGGCAGCUUCCAAUGCGCCUGUCCAGAAGCACAUCGAAUAUCUCCAUAUAAUCCGAAAAUCUGUCUGGUGGUGCAUGCAAUGACCAGCUCCUCAAAAUAAAGAGGAAAGAUAAUGAUGUAUUUAUCUUGUUUUGUAUAUUUAAAUAUACUAUAAACUAUACACUUAAUGUAACGGGAUACUGAAUUUUGUAUUUCUGCAUCAACAAAUGUAUGAAUAAGCACUGAUGUUUAAGAAAUCCUUUCUUACCUAAACAUGUCAAUUAUUUACUGAAUUUGGUGUGAUUAUAAAGUUUAAUGGCUGAACAAUGUUAGUACUUUGUAACAUUGUUUUAUAUUGAUUUAUCCGACUGUUCCUCUAAUCUAUAUGAUCUUUAUUUUACAUUGUCCAGUUUUAUUAGUUGAGUUUCAAUUGAGUACUGCGAUGCAUGAUUUUUUUAUAAAUUCAUAGUCUUAAAGAAAUUGCAUCACCUUGUUGAAAAUAACUAUUGUAGGUGAAGUGAACUGUUUAAGCACAUAUAAUAUGCAAACCACAUAUAGAACAUUGUACAAUGUAUUUUAUAAAACUACACAAUAAAACUGCAGUAAAAUA